GGGAAAGUAAAAAAAAACAAACAGUGACUUUAAAUGCUCAUAUGACUUGUUUGUUCUUAAUCAUGCAACGGCAGGGAAUCAAUCAUGUUUACAAGUGAAUGUUAGCAAUCAAUAACAUUUUACUAGGAAAAUCAGUCAGCAACAACCAAUAUCCAAGAAAACAAGAAAAUGAGAGUAAGAUCAAAUCAAAUUAACAACUAAAAUUAAUAGUUGAAGCAACAUUUCUCAUAUUUUGGGGUUAUGCAUGGAAUUUGAAGAAGGGAUGGCCUAAUAGGAUAACAAAGUCUCAAUUAAAUCUAGCAAAAUAUUACAGUUUAAGAAAAAGCAGUCAGCAAGAACUAAUAGCCAAAUAGUGACAUUUAUGUGACUUGUGUUUGAUCUCGUGUUCACAAGUGGAUGUUAACAAACUAUACAAUUUUACUGUUGUAGGAAAGUCAGUCAGCAAGAACAGAUGUUAGGUUACACUGUAAAAAAAAAAAAAAAAAAUGUUUUGUCAGAUAACCUAAGAAAAUAAUAUGUGAUUCGUGCAAUUACGUCUAAAUUAACAGAUUUUAUUCAAGUCAGAAAUAUUAUUUCAUUUGACUGGAUCAACCUUAACUACAUGUUUCACCAAUGAAAUACAUUUUUAUAUGAUCAGGUCAGGUAGAUAUGGAAAUUAAAGUAGAGAAAUAGCUAUAGCAAUAUUAAUAAGGUGCUGUUUUAUGCAGUUUCACUUUUUAGAGUGCAGAUAAACAAAUACAAAUAAAAUUGCAUUUAAUAUAUUUAGGGAUAAUAACUUUAAAAUGUUACCAAAUGGGGAAAAACUACCACUGCAACCUGUAUUACACGUGUAUUUCACACAUACACCCAAUGCAGAGACAGGGCUCGAUGACGUAGAUGUAGGUGAGUUGUAAAAAUGAAAUAUUCAAGAAUACACAUGGAAACGCUGACAUCAGCAGGGCUUUGUGCUCUGAAUGGGGCAAUAUUGCUCGAGGCUCUGCAUCUGAAAUCGGUGAUCAAUAAAUGAGCAGAUCAAUACAUUUUAUUGAGUCAUCAUAUUUGACCGUGUACAUGUAGCUGUGGACCGCAGCUCGCGCUGUAUCUGUGUGUUAAGAGUGUGUGUGUUGUGUUACGGACCGCCUCGACACCAACGGGACAUUGUCUGAUAUGAUCAAGCGCGGGUAAAACUCACGGCAAUAUUCCACCAGUGAGAGUUUCCACGCGUGAAAAUGAUCCGAGAGCGAAUGGAGAUCGGCAAAUAAGGGAAAUCCAGAGGCUUAAGUGACGCGUGAGCGCGCAGAGUCCAGGACAGUAACAAAGAAAGAAAGCUGCAGGGAGGGAGGAAAGAUCGCUUAUGAUGAUGAUGAUGAUGAUGAUGGCCUAGAAACAUCAGGAGUUAUUCCUCCUAAUGCUUGACUCAAUCAUGACUUGAUGGGGAAUUUUACGCAUAGAAAACAAAAGGCGUUUGCGCGCACUUUUGUUUUUGCGCAAGGAUGUUUUUGGAGAAAAUAAGACACUCGCUACUGUCUAACAGUCAUUCUGCUGGUCUAAAGUCACACAUAUGAGAGGGAAUAGCGGUUUUGCGCAUUACUUGUGUGUGUGCGCGUAUGUGUGUGCGCGCGAGUGUUUUCCCGUGACUGAUGGCAGUGGAACCCGAGCGCAACGGUUACGUGCGCACAUGUGUCUCUCCCGUGGAGCAGGACCCAUGUCACUCGUGGUUGGCUCUGAUAUGGAGCGCGUGGAGCUCUAGGAGUCUCGUGUGCGUUGGCUCGCUCUCAGUGUUCCUAGCGCUGCUUGUUCAAUCCGCGGACUGGGAUGCGGAGCGCACGCACGCACACUCGGGAUCUCCCGCGCCGUAUGUGGUGACGCUCGUGGAGCUCGUGUGGCAACUGCUGUCGCCCGCGCUCACCCUCGUGUGUGCCUUCUUCUGGGUGGGUGUGUAUCUGCUCCGCUGCGGGGUGCUCGUCCGCACGGCCGUGUUCCUGCUCACCGUGUGCCAUUUGGGCGAAGCGGCGGCGCAGUCGCUGUUGGAUGCGCAGCAGCUCUACUCGUUCGCGGCCACCGCGCUGGUGCUGCUCGCCUGCCUGGCCAGCGGGGCGCUCAUGGUGGUGCGGCUGGGUCAAGGCGUCUCCGUGCUCGUCUUCAUCAGCAUCGUCAGGACCGUGUCGCUGCUCUCGCUGCAGAAGGUGCGCGCCAGCUGGAGACCCUACCUGGCGUACCUGCUCGGGGUGCUGGGGGUCCUACUGGCGAGGUAUGCGGACAGGCUGCUGCCGGACCAGGGAGCAGCACACCGGGAGGGAUCGAGCGCGGAUAUUCCGGUAUUUAAGAGGCGCAGGAGGUCCAGCUCUGUAGUUUCGUCAGACAUGGCACAGCACGGGCAGUCCAGGGGCAAAUCUCACCGGAGAACAUCGCUGCCCUGCCUGCAGAGAGAGCAGAUGCUCCCACAACAAGAAUGGGACCACAAGAGAUGCGCCCGGGGAUCUCAGUCUUCAGGCACCAGUGUGAAUGUGGACAUUGCUGUGAUGGGUGAGGCCCACGGUCUGAUCUCAGAUCUGCUAGCAGACCCCUCCCUCCCGCCCAAUACCUGCAGCACGCUGCGGGCCGUCAGUAACCUGCUGAGCACGCAACUCACCUUCCAACCGCUGCACCACCGCUGCCCUCCACGCCUGAGCCCCCUGCUGGCCUUCAGCGAAGGACACACCUGUUCCGACUCAGAGGAGGUGCCGGAAAAGGGAGAAAGGCUGGCCAUCCCCAAGCGCUUAAGGCGGAGUUUGCCUCCAGGGCUUUUGAGACGGAUCUCUUCCACGUGGACCACCACCACCUCAGCCACGGGCCUGCCGACCCUUGAACCCGGGCCGGUCAGGCGAGACUGCAGUGCCAGCAUAAAAACACCUCAUGAUGGCCCUUCCAGCAGUUUGGUGAACAGUGAUUCAUGGAACAACACCGUGAUGCUCACUAUCUCCAAGAGCAGGUCCAUGUCUGCUUCAUACGCUGCCCCAGCUACCAACCACAUCUAUAGCAAAAGCCGAAGAGGUUACCCUUCCAACAUCUCACCUCUGACCUCACCCUGCCACUCCCCCCCAGUCCAGGGCACGCCGGUGAACAGCCCCACCACCACAACCCCUUCAGUGGAGCUGCCUGACCCAGAGCUUCCGCAGGAGGACAGAACCCCACCACGGAGCCCCCACAAAGCCUUAACACACAGUCAGAGCGCGCCCAGCUCCAGUACGACACAGUGGGCACCACCUCCUCUCUGUAGCAGCUGUGGACGACCGUAUAGUAAACUGAGACAUGGUGAUGGAUCUAUAGACAUGGGGGACAGAACCCAGCAGUCAGAAGAGCCAGUGAUAAUGUCGUCAGACUAUGACAGCACCUACGAGACUAACCACAGUGACAGCAGCGACUUUGCACAGAAUGAGGAGGACGGGAAGGGUCACAAAAAACCCUUCAACCCUGCAGGCCCCUGCGGGACAUACCGGCCCCAGGCACUAGCAUUGACCACACUCAUACCACAAGAGGAGAAGCAUAUUCUGGCCCCAGAGCCGCUGGUAAUGGAGGGACUUGAGCCCCUCAUGAGUCAAAUCAACAACUGGAACUUCCCCAUCUUCAGUCUGGUGGAGAAAACCAAUGGCAGAUGUGGCUGCAUUCUCAGUCAGAUGUCCUACCGGCUGUUCGUUGACACAGGACUUUUUGAGACAUUCAAGAUUCCAGUGAGGGAGUUCAUGAAUUAUUUCCACGCUCUGGAGAAUGGAUACAGAGACAUCCCAUAUCACAAUAGAAUUCAUGCAACAGAUGUCCUCCAUGCGGUUUGGUACCUCACCACCCAACCUGUGCCUGGUUUACCUACACUAGCCCAUGUCCAGGGAUCACUCAGUGACUCGGAAUCUUUAGACUCUGACAGUGGGCUAGCUUAUGGGCGCACAAAGCACCUGAUAUCGAGGACGUAUCCUGUAGAAGAGGAGGGUUACGGCUAUCUGUCCGGUCUCAUUCCUGCCCUGGAGCUGAUGGCUCUUUACGUAGCGGCUGCAAUGCACGAUUACGAUCACCCUGGCAGAACCAAUGCUUUCCUGGUGGCCACCAGUGCUCCACAGGCCGUGCUUUAUAAUGACCGCUCAGUGCUGGAGAACCAUCACGCAGCAUCCGCCUGGAACCUCUUCAUGUCGCGGCCUGAGUACAACUUCCUGGGCACACUAGACCAUAUGGACUUCAAACGCUUUCGCUUCCUGGUCAUCGAGGCCAUUCUCGCCACUGACCUUAAGAAACACUUUGACUUCCUGGCUGAAUUCAAUGCCAAGGUGGGGGAUGAUGGUUGCUCAGGCAUUGAUUGGACAAACGAAAACGACCGACUCCUGGUGUGUCAGAUGUGCAUUAAAUUAGCGGACAUCAAUGGACCCUUGAAAAGCAAAGAACUUCAUUUGCAGUGGACAGAAGGCAUUGUCAAUGAGUUCUACGAGCAGGGUGAUGAAGAGUCAAGUCUUGGCCUUCCAAUUAGCCCCUUCAUGGACCGUUCAGCACCGCAGUUGGCCAAACUACAGGAGUCCUUCAUCACGCACAUCGUAGGGCCUCUCUGCAGCUCAUAUGACUCUGCCGCCCUCAUGCCCGGGCGCUGGGUCGACCCUCUGCCCAAAGAUGGUGAGGAUUGUGAGGAGGAGAUGGACGAAGAGGAUGAGGAAGACUCACCUGAGGAAGAUGCCUCCAGCAGCUCAGAACUGUCUCAGAAACCAGCUCCCAGGAAACGCCGGAAAGUUUUCUGCCAGAUCACACAGCACCUUCUGGAGAACCAUGAGAUGUGGAAGAAGGUCAUCGCAGAAGAGGCUCAAAACAAAACAGAAGGGGAGGACUCUACAAUCCUCUGUAACACCCCUGAGCCAAUCUUGGCCAUCGAUGAAGAAGAGGAGGAUCCAGGGAGCAAGGAUGAACAAAUAGAAGACCAGGAAGAGGAGACAGCGGAGGAGGAGGUGGAGGGUCCUCUACCUGAACAGACAGAGGAAACAGAUGGUGAGACUGUAGAGGAAGUAGAGGAGACUGUGAACCGAGACACAGCAACUGUAGAAGAUGUGGAGCAAAUGGGAAAAAGAGAGGAAAUGGAAGAUGGACAGAGAGACGAGGAUCCAGAAUGAAUGGCUUGCCAUUUUUAGACAAAAACGAUGUCUGAAAGCUUUUUAUUGGCAAGCGAGACUCCUAAGAAAUGGUUGCCAGCACAUCACUUAGACACAACACUGUAGAUGCUUGGGGAACAUGUGCCUAAUGGAAACAGGGUGGGGUGGGUCAGUUUGGAGGGUUUUGAGGAACAAUGAGUAGGGAUGAAUUAUUGGUGCCAAUGAAAUUGUAGACACCUCCAACAAACUGGGGCUUGACCAAGUUGCUGAAACAGAGUUCUUGAUGGAGGGUUUCCUAUAUUUUCUAGACGCUACAUUGGUCAGUUUUGGUUUCUGAAUGCAAAUCCUUCUGGCGACACCCUCAGCUGCACCUUAAUGAAGACUGCCAACCCCCAAAGUAUGACAGGGGUCCCAAUGACCAUCAAGGCUUGUCCGAGCUUAUAGCGUCAAAUUUGGGAACGAGAAAUCCAAUCCAUCGCGACUCUCGCGAGGAGUCUCCUUAAGGGCAUUUUGCCUCACUUGGUACUCCAUAAUCAGCAAUGGACGAAAGCAAAUGUUCCAGAAACAGCAUGCAUUUGUGGUAAAGAGAUAUCACGUGUGUAACACAACGUUCCCAUGUCUUGUCUUGUUCUUUUCCUAUCAAGAGACCCAUUGCACACCUCCGCAAGGUCACGGGCCACACAUUGUCACUAUUGCAAAAAAUUGCUGCAAUGUCCUGAAGGUGUCAAGCCAAAUACCCGUCAUUCUCAUCCCUCACCUGAACGUUUGUCUUUCCUCUGACGGCAUUCCAGCAAUCCAUGGACUGAGAUUUUAUGUUUCUCAGGAUCAGACUGUUUUGUGACAACUGUACUAGGGGCUCAUUGGUUUUUAUGGACUCUCUUGCAACUUUAUAAUCUUUUGAAUCUUGAUUUGUGUCAAGGAAAAGGGAAUCUUUAGUUAUUUUCUAACAUUUGAUUUAUUUAAAACAUCAAAGGCCUAUUUUUAACCAAGUAGCCCAAUCAUGGUUUUACAAGGUGAUUUGAUAUUUACAAUAUAUACAGUACAUACAUAUACAGUAUACAUCACCCAGCUCUGUUUUGAUGAGGCAUGCAAUAGUACAUCAUUUAAUCCCUCUUGACAUUCUUGUAUCAGCAGCCAGCAUUUUCCUGACAUAUGUCGUUGUACCAUCCACAACUCAACAGCGCUUCAAAAGACAGCUCUUGCAUGGGCCCUCUGUCUUUCUGUUCCUACAUUUACAUUUAAGCUUCUUAGUAAACUGCUCCAGUAAGUUUUGAUAGUUAAGUAAACUGCCCUGGCAGGUUUCAAUGAUCAAAGGAGCAGACUUGAACUCGUGGCCGAGGGGGGCUGCUGCAUUCCCUGCAGUUGCAUGUUCUCACUCUGAACAAGGCCGUAGUUAUGAUUCCCAGCCUGGUCGCAGAGACGCUGCAGUCUUAUAAGCAGGCGUGUGAGCCAACUGCAAGUUCCUCAUACCCACAGCCCAAGGGACAAGGUGCAAAACACCACCCCUCUCACUUGAAUGGACCCAAAAACCAUACGGGUGCAGGCCGACACGGCUGUCCACGCUCGCCUUUGAUGUACUGAAAGAGUCAGAUUUCUCAUGACGGCCGUUCAAGGUGAGAUGAAACAACCUCUGUGGGCUUAAUCACCUUGAGUAUGAUGUCUAAUCAGCCUGAGUCCAAUGCCUUCGGUCUUUGUAGCAUCACUUUGAAGGAGAGCCAAUUAAAAUUGCCUAGGUAGGAGGCGACGGUCAUGUGAUUCAAACCCGUUCAGCAUUCAUCUUCUGAAACGUUCCCCUGCGAUUGCAAUGCGGCCUAAGCCUUAAUAAUAUCAGGCGACGUGGUGCAAUGUAGUUCAGCAAAUUAUUUAAGCAAUACCAACCCUAUCUGUAGAUUGGUAGCAUUUCAAGUUGCACUUUCUUUGUUUUGGUGCUGUAUAUUCUCUCAAAGCUCAAGUGUGUGUGCCAAAUAUGACUUUAAAAUCAUUCUUGAUCUUUCCCCAAAGUAUGGCCAGUGGCUGAAUAAGCAUGUAAAGGCCAAUUGUGUUUGUGAGUGUGAAUGCAGUAUGAAUGCUUUUUUUUGUACAAUGUUUUAUUUAGAGCAUAUAUUUUAUUUCUGCAUUUGGCCAUUAGAGAUAUUUUUUAACCUGUUAAUGCAUGAAUUAUUAAAUAACAAAUAUGUUUUGUUUCUAUUUAUGUGAAAGUAUGAAUAUAAAUAUAUAGCCUAUAUAUAUAUAUAUAUAGCCUAUAUAUAUAUAUAUAUA